AUGGUUUUAUGGACUUCCAGCGAGACCUGGUUACUUCCUAAUAUAUUUGAUGAAGAACUCUUCGAUUCACGCUAUAACGUGUACCGAAAUGAUCGUGACUAUGCACUUCUAGGGGUUAGUAAAGGUGGUGGUACACUUAUUGCGGUACGUCGUAGCCUCUGUGUUGACAUGCUAUACUCGAGGAUGCCUUUGUCUCUUCCAGGUGCUGAUGUAACAUUUAUUAGUAUAGCAAUCGGACAGGGUUCAAGAAAGCAUAAAUUAUGGAUUUUCUGUUGUUAUUUCCCUCAAAAUCAACAACAGUGUGAGUCUGAGGCUACGUUUUUUGAAUUCUUAUCAGAUUUAACUUUAAAUAACCCUUUUGAUAAAUAUAUUGUUGUAGGAGAUUUCAACAUUGGAGAUAUUGUAUGGUCUCAUAAGUCUGAUAAUACAUUCGCUAUCCAAAACCCGUCCGAAAAUAAUUUAAUUGUGCAACUAUUUGCUUUUAUUUGCUUCUCUGGCUGGGGUCAGCAUAAUGGAAUUUUUAAUAGCAACAAUAGACUGUUGGAUCUCGUUCUGUCUAAUGUUAGUUGUUCGGUCGAAAGAACUACACCCUUAUCUUUGCCUGAAGACGCUCAUCAUCCAUCUUUUUCUGUGUUGACGGAUAUUAUGUCGAUCGAGUCCAAUUUGUGUUACGCGCCCCGUAUUGUUCGUCGAUUUCAGGUUGCUGACUAUAAUGCACUUAACAAUGAAUUGAAUAACAUUGAUUGGUUGAAACAAUUUGAAACAUGCGACAUAAUUAACGCAGUAGAUAAGUUUUAUUCAAUAGUUAAUAGUGUAGUGGAUCGCUUUGUACCAGCUAAAACAGUAUACGAUACCAAAAAAUAUCCUGUAUGGUUUAAUAAGAGUUUGAUUAAAUUGAUCAAAAAGAAAUUAUUAGUACAUAAACGAUGGAAAAUUUAUGGUCGUAGUAGCGAUUAUGACAAAUUUUCUGACCUUCGACACAGAACUAAAUGGAUGGAAAUAGAGUGUUAUAAUGUAUUUAUUGCUAGGGCGGAAGAUAAUAUUCAUCAUAGUUCCCGGAAUUUUUGGUCAUUUGUAAAAUCAAAGAGAGGUAGCAACAACAUACCAGACACCAUGUUCCUUGGUAAUACUAUUGGUUCCGAUGGCUCGUCUAUCUCAAAUCUAUUUAGUCACUUCUUUCAAUCUGUUUUCGAAGAAGAUGAUGGGAAAAUAGCCGAGGACGAUAUUUUAAACAAGUACGAUAGUCAGCCCCUAAUUGGUACUUUUAACAUAUCACGCUGUACAGUUGAAAGCUAUCUCUCAAAACUUGAUUCAUCUAAGGGCAGUGGCCCAGAUGGCUUACAUCCUACAUUUUUAAAACAAUGCAAUCAUCCGCAGUUUUCAGCUCCACGUCAAAGAGUUGUUUUACUAGCGAGCGGUCAGAGGGGAAAUGACCAUCAUCACACAAUAUAUAAUGCAGAUCCAUUCUCACCACGGAACUGCAUCGAGUUCCGUUUCACUAAGUACUUAAUACAUGUUAUCUCAAGGUUUAUAGCCGUCCUCGGCCUGCCGCCGGCCAAUAAUCUAGUUAGGGCGGCCGUACGCGCCGCCGUAGGCACGCUCGCGCCGUACCGCUUUACCGCUUGA